UAUUUCGAGGAAGUCACUGAAGGCAGCAUGGGUGCACCUGAGAGUCACAUUUGUUGUUGACAGUGAGCAACAUCACAUCCUAAGCUACAAGUGGAUACCUUUUUUUUUUUCAAUGGUCUGAGUAACAGUUCUAAAACUGCGUGGCUUUCGGUAAUAGUAUCGGUAAGUGUUUCAUACACAUAAUACAGGAGACGCCCGAGGCUGUUUCAUUUACGUCGAGCUAACUGCAGUUUUGACUGCUGUUAACGUUCACGUUACCCUCCUGGUGGUGGAUUAGACUGGUUGCACAUCUAAUUUAACAUUAACGCUGGAUACUUUACACAGCACUGAGUUACAGACAUGCACCCCCCAUCUCGACAGGACUAUAUCUCUAUAAACUUUGCUGGACAAGGAAGUGGAAGUUACAAUAACAGCAAGCAGUGGAGGAGGCAGUCCUGCUGGAGGAAAUGGAAGCAACUGUCCAGGCUGCAGCGGAGCCUUAUCCUCGUCCUCCUGUUUAUUUGUGGAAUUGCUUCCUAUCCUGCUGUUACUGAACAACUCAGAGGACUUACAGAUGGAGACCCAGAGACAAAAAGUAACAGCGUCUUCCCUCAUGUGCUGCCUGAGGCUGUCAAACAGGACCAACCACCACUGCCAACCUCCCAGAGGAAAUUAUCUAAUAAGAGAGGACCGCCCGUCCUUCAGAAUCGUCUUCAGAAGAAGGAAAACGCUUCAAAUACAGUGGUUGAGGACAAGGCAUCUGACAGCAAGAAAGAAGGGGAGGAGGGAGUCAUCAGCUGGCGUGGGGCAGUGAUCGACACUGAUCAGGCCACAGAAAGCACCAAGGAUGGGGAAAAUAAGGAGGGUUCACCUGCCAACCAAAAAGUCCAAUUAUCAGUCAAGUCAGUAGCUAUCUGGCGGGAGGCGGUGCAGGAAGCUUUCAGACAUGCAUGGAAGGGUUAUAAAGACUUUGCUUGGGGCCACGAUGAACUCAGGCCUCUUUCCAAGUCCUACAGCGAGUGGUUUGGCCUGGGUUUGACACUUAUCGAUGCCCUGGAUACCAUGUGGAUCCUGGGUCUUAAAGAAGAAUUUGAAGAAGCAAAAACAUGGGUGGCCGCAGAGCUUACCUUCAACAAGAAUGUAGAUGUCAACCUAUUUGAAAGCACCAUCCGCAUCCUGGGAGGCCUUCUGAGUACCUACCAUUUGACUGGAGACACCCUGUUCCUAGACAAAGCUAAAGAUAUUGGCUCCAGGCUGAUGCCAGCCUUCAACACCCCGUCCAAGAUCCCCUACUCUGAUGUGAACAUUGGGAAAGGCACAGCCCACCCCCCUCGUUGGACUUCAGAUAGCACUGUGGCUGAAGUUACAAGCAUCCAGCUGGAGUUUAGAGAGCUCAGCCGCCUCACCCAGGAACCACAGUACCAGGCUGCGGUGGCUGAGGUUAUGAAACAAGUCCACAAACUGGACGGCAAGCUGGAUGGUCUCGUGCCCAUGUUUAUCAACACAAACAAUGGACAGUUCACCCAUCAAGGCAUCUACACACUGGGAGCCAGAGCAGACAGCUACUAUGAAUACCUGCUGAAGCAGUGGAUCCAGGGAGGCAAGAAGGAGAACGAGCUCUUGGAGGACUAUCUGCAGGCAAUAGAGGGUGUAAAGAAUAACCUGUUGCAGAAGUCUUCACCUAAUGGCCUCACCUUUGUUGGAGAGCUCUCACAUGGACAGUUCAGCCCUAAAAUGGACCAUCUAGUGUGUUUUCUGCCGGGCACGCUCGCUCUUGGUGCAUACAACGGCCUGCCUGCUGAUCACAUGGAUCUGGCCAAACAGCUGAUGGAGACCUGCUACCAGAUGUACAUUCAGAUGGAGACAGGCCUCAGUCCAGAGAUUGUCCACUUCAACAUGCAUCAGGGCAGCACCCGAGACAUUGAAGUAAAGCUUGCAGACAGGCACAACCUCCUACGACCAGAGACGGUGGAGAGUCUCUUCUACCUGUACAGGUUCACCAAGGACCAAAAGUACCGGGAGUGGGGCUGGAGGAUUCUCCAAAACUUCAACAAGUACACCAAGGUUUCCUCCGGUGGCUACACCUCCAUCAAUAACGUGCGUGACCCGGACUACCCAAGCCCCCGAGACAAGAUGGAGAGCUUCUUCUUGGGAGAGACCCUGAAAUAUCUGUACCUCCUCUUCUCAGACGAUCCCAACCUCAUCAGCCUAGACCAGUAUGUCUUCAACACUGAAGCUCAUCCACUGCCUAUAUGGCCCUCAAACUGAAUGACACACACAGGAAUUCAAAUGGUAGAUGCAAAACUGCAUUUAUAAACACAAACAUCUCAGGGUUGGUCAAACACCAAGAUAAUUCCUACGUCUUUUGUCUCUGAAUGUUGUCGAAACAACAACCCUGAACACAGACCACAAAUGGAAAAAAAGAUUCCUUUUUACAGAUUGAAUCAAUGGUUUGCUAUGUGCUUAUAUAUGCUAAUUUAUUCUGGAGAAGCAGUGGAAGGUUUCUGCCCUCCUGACCACCCAUCAGCAUUAAAGACAAACCCGAUUGUGACUUGAAUCAAAGGUGUCUUAAUCACAUGUUACCAGGAUGGGAAGAAGUGUCGGGCUGGACUGAUACAGGUGUUUGGGAGCUGAUACUGAUAUUUUCAGUUUCAGACUGCUCAUGGCUUAUAUUUUGCCAACAGUUGUGCACAUUCUAUUUCUAACAAAAAUGAUCAUUUUAUGUCAAAGAAAAAAUCCCCAAAACAUUUUGUCUUUUUUUAAUCCUUGCAUUACAUCCUUAUUAAAGUGGAAACAGUUUUUUAAGCCAUUAUGAAACAAAGCCUGUAUCUGGCGGGGGCUGAUGUCUUACCGAACAGCGCUGGGAGCGACAGCAGGCUGGUUGCUUUUGUAGCAUAACGUUCCCUGACAGCAGCCACCAGCUGUCUGAACUGAAGCCACUCCCUGCCUACUGCACCUACAACUGUUGCAGCUACACGAGAAGCUCAACUCCUCAUCACACUGUGUGUAAUAUAGUCAUUAAGUGCUCUGGCUAGAACAAUCCUCAGAUGUCCGCCAUCCUUUGCUUGAAAACAGGAAAUAAAGCCAAACCUCCUGACAGGGCUUGAGCUUGCCCUCGGCCCAUGUAUUUGCUGUCCCAUGCUGUAUUCAUGCCAUACAGGAAAUCUGACUUGAGAAAAUUGACUAUAUCAUGAUAAAUAGAUUUGGUCCAUAUCGCCUUCUCCUUAUUAUUUCUGCUUUGCUCCUGUCUUUCUCGUUGCAUUGCUUUAAUUGAAAACUUGAAAAUAUGUGAUUAAUAAACUCUGACAAUCCUACAGAAAACUGAAGUCUGGCAUAUAUGGUCUUUAAACCUUCAGAAUGUUCCUGUUUAUUUCCAUGACAUGAAUGCAGCAUCACUAUCUACUCAGUACCGACUUUGGUCCGAUUCCAGUUGUUGCCAAGCAGCAGAUUUAUUUAUGAACUGUGGAGCUUUUGUUGUAUGUUAACAGCAAUGGGUUCUUGGCAUCAAUGUUAAAACAAUUGUGCUGAGCAGCUGCACUUUUCACUGAUUUUCCAUUUCUUUCUUUCUUUGUCAUUAUCCUUGUUAAGGUGAUGUUUGUGUGAGAGAAAUGUUGAGAUUUAAAAUAUGAAUGUAGCAUACUAUAUUCAUUUGUAGUGUAUAUUGAAAGGUAUAAUUGCAGCUAUGUUAAUACAGUAGCUCUCCUUGUGCAUCUUUGUAGUAGCAGCUUCUGAUAAGCUUGCAGUCAUUCCUGUAAAUAUUACUAGUUUACAUCAUAACUCUACUUGCAUUUGUUGAUUUCAAGAACUUUAUGAAUUUGUAAUUGAGACCAAACUCCUUUUGUAUAUUCUGUGUAAUUUUUCUUUAGUGUUGUAUGGUUUCCUUGGUGUUUCACAUGUGCCUUCAAUGUUGCUUCAUACAACAUUUAAAAGACAACUGUUAAACUGGCUGUAAAUGUCCAUUUCUAUACAUUCAAGCUAUUUCUUACAUGUACAUACUUUGCUGGUCUGCUACAGUAUAUGAUCAUUGUGAUCACUGCGGAUAUGACUAUUUUUUACAAUGAAACAAUAAAAUAAGGAUUUAUAUUUU